GGCUCAGUUUUGGCCUGCCAUCUGCAUUCUGCCAGUUUCCGUGGCAGAAGAGGCCUAGGCUGCUUCCUGUGGGUCCCCCGUUGAGCAGAAGCAUGCGGUGGUACCUUCUCCUGAUCUGGGCCCAGGGCCUGAGGCAGGCUCCCCUCCCAGCCUCAGGAGCUGUGUCAGGCAGGAUCACAGUAACGGGGAACGUUUCUGCCGAGGAAGGUGGCUCCGUCACCUUGCAAUGCCACCUCCCCUCCACCACUGCCAAAGUGACUCAGAUCAACUGGGAGCAGCGGGACCAACUACUGGCCGUUCAUCAUGCUCACUUGGGGUGGCACAUCUACCCAGCCUUCAGGGAGCGAGUGGCCCCAGGCCCCAACCUGGGCCUCACCCUGCAGUCGCUGACCCAGAAUGACACAGGGGAAUACUUCUGCACCUAUCACACCUACCCUGAUGGGAUUUACAGAGGGACAGUCUUUCUGGAGGUCCUGCAAAGCUCAGGGGCUGAGCACAGCGCUGCGUUCCAGGUCCCAUUGCUGGGAGCCAUGGCCACCGGACUGGCAGUCAUCUGCGUGGCAGUCGUCAUGGUGGUCACAUUAACCAAAAAGAUUUUGCUGUCUGACCUAUUUUCCCAUAAGAGCAAUUGUAGUUAUCUGACCGCAAGUCCCUACUUGGGUUUGGAAAUCCUGUUCUUUGAGAAGAAAUCUCGUCCAGUCCAUUGUGCGGAAAGUGGCCUCAGGACAGUGGCGCAUGAACAGGAGGAAUGGAAUGCCCGCGUUCUGUCGUCCCCUGGAAGUGGCAGCAAGGCAGGGACAGCACCCGUGGGCUGCUACCUGGAGCAGAGGGGAGAUGCCUGUGCCGAGCCGCAUGACUACUUCAAUGUCCUGAGUUACAGGAGCCUUGGAAGCUUCGGUUUCCUGGCUGAGACUGUUUAGUGGCCAGAGGCAUCAUCUGGGAGAUGAAUUCCUGUGUCUGCGGUUCCGGGAGUGGGGGUGGUGGUGGGUCUGUGGUCUCAGUCGCUGCCCUGCAUGCAUGCGAGUGGAUGUGCAGUUGAGUGAAUGAAUGUCAUCCUCUUCUCUGCAUUUCCUCUGCCCCUUCCCUUCUCUUCCAUUGUGGCAGAGCCAGAGGGAGCAGCUUGUAUCUUGAUUCUGAGUGCAAAAUUUAAACAAAAAUGACUUGGUUUGGAAUCUAGCAGGUGGAGCCAACCCUGGGGCUCUGAGAAAUGCCUUCCCCCAGUAGCCCUGGAUGGGGUUUUGGUGGUCUGGGCACUGGCAGAGUCUUAUGGAUGGUGAUGGUGAUGAAGAGGACGACGGUAUUACUCAUCUCAUUUCUCAUGGUCAUUUCCAUCAACAUUCACACAUUCAAGGCAUUUUAAGAACAAGGCAUGGUAUCGGCUUUCAUGGGGAGGUUCGAGCAUGAUUAAACCACGCUUUUGGAUCUCAGCCCUUUUAGACCUUACACUUAAUGGGGGUAAUGACAUUUCCCUUAAAAGUAGUAAGAAGACAGGGGUAUGAGACCCAGACCUUUGGGAAGAAAUGCUGGUGCAGGCUGAGGUGGUCAGGAUAGGCUUAUCUGGGGUGAAGUGGCCUGGGAGGAUGGAGGGAACAGUGAGGCUAGCAUGGCGAGAGCAGGAAUUUUGUCUAAGGUGAGCCUAGAAACUGAACAGAAUGGCUGAAAUUCCCACAUGGAGGAUCCCAGCACCAAGGGAGCACACAGACCUUUUUUGGAUUUUAUUCCUCGGGCAGAUAGUUGAAGUCUCCUUCUGCUGGCUGUUCUCGGAGUCCGGGGAUGGCUGGCAGCAGGGGACCCGAGGCCUUCCAGAUGCCUACCAGGGAUGUGUGCGGCAGCACGGCCUCCACUGUGGGAGCUGCAGCCUAGUCCUUGGCCAGGACCCACCACCUUUCCCCUAUCAAUCCACUAUGGAGUGUCCCACCAAAAGGAAAGCAUGGAUUUUUAAAAUAGGGACUCUUCCAGGGGGAGGGAAUAAAAAGCGGGUGAUCGGGUGCUUAAAGAUGAACACCCUCUCCCCAGAUAUUCUGAACCCGUAAAUCUGAACCUAAACCCUUAAAAGCCUUAAACCCUUUAAUCCACCCCCUGAGCUCUUCGUGCUGGGGUUUGGGUGGCAUCUCAGCCCUGGUUUCCCUUUAACUGGCAUCCCGGUCUGCAUCACGCCACCUGCAUCCUGGAGAUCUCCAGGAGCGAGGACGGAGGCCGAGCUCACAUGGGACAGGUUUUCUUAACUGAGCGAGAAAGUGAAGCGAGGCUGUCAUUGGCCAGGGCUGGAAUCAAGCACCGUUCUGCUCCCUAAGAAUCAGGCAGGCUGAGCAAGAAGACAUUUUAACUCCUACUCCUUGGAUUUUGAUUUUUAUUUUUCUCACUUCUCUACCAAAUAGGUGUGUGGUUAGGAGUCAUGAGUCGAAAUCUGUCCCGAGGGCUAAGUCCUUUGGAAGACAGAUGGAUGUGUACAAAAUGCUGUUAGGCACCACGGCGGUUCACCACACUCCUUGCAGAACUAUUGCAAACUGCUUGCAAGUAGAACACAAUUCAUGGACUGGAGAUGAGCUAAAAUGUAGAUAAAAAGAGAGAGGCAGUUUGAUUGGGAGGAGAUGUCUACUGGGUCAAGGCUAGACUGAGAGUGUUAUUUAACGUGGUGACAGUAACUGGGAAAUACCUACAAAUACCAUUUAGAUGGUGAUAAAAGUACAAAAGGACCCAUGGAUGUUAUAAAUGGGUCAGGUUCCUAAAAUGAGAUUGAAUUAGACAGAAAAUUAAUUUUCAAGUGGAAUUCACUGAACUGGAUUUUCCAUGGAGAACCAGAGAAGACCACCCCCUAAAAGCCAGGUUCCUGGAGACCCGUCCUUUGUAGCCAUCCUCCACGGGUAGCUGUCUAGUGUGUGAGAUGUGGUUAGUCUGUAUUAAGAUGUACUGUACUAUAAGUGUAACAUACAUACCAGAUUUUGAAGACUUAUUGUGAAUAAUAAGAAUGUAAACUAUGAUGUUAGUAAUUUAAAAAUAUUGAUAACAUGUUAAAAUGAUAGUAUUUGGGAUAUACUGGACUCAAUAAAAUGUUUUUAA